AUUUAAGAAAAAACAUUUCCAUAAUCUAUAGUUGAAAUUAAAAGAUAAUGAUAUAAUCAUAUGAAUUUAGCUAUUCCUAAUUAACAUUUUACUUAUAUAUCAUUUAAUUUUGAUGUUUGCCGUGCAUCGCACGGGAGAGCUUGCUAGUUAAUUCUCAAACAACAAUUUUAGCGGUUGCAUUGAAGUAGUUACGAAGUCGGUUAGACCAAGAAUAUCUAUAAUUAAACUGCAAUAAUAAUCAAAUCGGGCAAACCCUAAUUAACAAUCGAGAUAGAAAAUGUUGUAGUGCACAAACUACAUUUUUCCCAAAACAUAAAUAUAAUUAAUUUUUUCCUCUCCCAAUCAUUUCAUCAUUUUCACCGAAAACCUUCUAGUUUUAGUCGACCUUCGCCUCUCGAGUCAACGCGCUCCGACAUUUCGACUUUGACAUAUGUUUUAUGGUUGGAGCCGUGUUUGGCUUCAAAUAUCAACAUCGAUCAUUUGGUGGUCUGUGCUCUUAUACUCUCUCUCUCUCUCCCUCUCCCCAUAUGUAUAUAUAUAGAGAGAGAGAGAGAGGGGAGAGGGAGAGAGGCAUGCACACACUCCACAACUAGCUCUCUGCACUUUCAUGCAUUUCUCUUGGGACUUUGAUCAAACACGAAGCGAACUACACCCGCGGCAGAGGACAUGACCGACACGGCGGCGGAGGCGGCGGCCAAGUACAGGGGCGUGCGGAAGCGGAAAUGGGGGAAAUACGUCUCCGAGAUACGCCUCCCCAACAGCCGGGAGCGGAUAUGGCUCGGCUCCUACGAUACGGCGGAGAGGGCGGCGCGGGCCUUCGACGCCGCCCUCUUCUGCCUCCGCGGCCGCUCCGCCAACUUCAACUUCCCGGACGACCCGCCCGACAUCCCGGGCGGGGAGUCGCUGUCCGCGCCCGAAAUCCAGGCGGUGGCGCAGAGCUACGGGAAUAGUUACGGCGGGGCUGCGGCGGAUGGGUUUCGGGGCCGGGCCUCGCGGGAUGCCGCGACGGGCUUGGAUGGGGCUGAGGCGGUGGACUUGGUUGAUGGGUCGUUUUGGGAAAUGGUGGACAAUGCGGGCUGCGUUUCGGAUUCGCGGGGUUUUGCGGAGGCCGCUGAAAUGUAUGUCGUCGAUCCACAUUAUGAAGCUAGGGUUUAUGAGGAUGAUGAUGUCGAGUACUGCUAUGAUCACCGGCUUUGGAAUUUCUAAGAUUUUUCGAAGCUUUUCAUUUUUGGUUUCGUAUUAUAGUAUGCAUGGUUAUAUAUAUAGCAUAUUUUUGUAUGGGAUCGAAAUAAAAUAAACGAUUUUAUAGUUAUUUGUAAGUAGUAUAUUGCAUGUGUAAUUAAUUACUGCGGCGCUCUCUCCAUGUACACGUGGUGUUUGGUUGGGUGGAUAAGAUAAAUAAGAUUAAUAUUAUUGAA